UGGGCGCCGCGGUCGCGUGACGCGUUUUCAAAUCUUUAACCGCCGCGGCUCCCACGUCCGAGCUUCGGCCCCUUCCUCCUCCGAGCAUCGGCGCCGGAACCGGCCCCGAAGACUCAGCCAGCGGACGCCGCCCCGCCCCGCGGCCCGGAGGCCGAGGCCGGGCGAGCCUCGGAGCCUGGUGUUGGCCGCCGUCCCAUGCGGCCCCCGCCGCGGCCCCAGCAUGUAGGUGCCUGGCGGCUACCAUGAGCCUCGAGACCAUGAGGAUCCAGAGCAAAGCACCUCUGUCCGGUGGCAUCCAAGACAAAAAUGAAAAGAACAGACCAUCUUUGAAAUCCCUGAAAACUGAUAAUAGACUGGAAAAAUCCAAAUAUAAGCCGCUUUGGGGAAAAAUAUUUUACCUUGACUUGCCUUCUAUCACUGUAUGUGAAAAACUACAAAAAGAUAUAAAGGACCUUGGAGGGCGAGUUGAAGAAUUUCUCAGCAAAGAUAUCAGUUAUCUUGUUUCAAAUAAAAAGGAAGCAAAGUAUGCACAAACAUUGGGUCGAAUUUCUCCUGUACCAAGUCCAGAAUCUGCAUAUACUGCAGAAAACACCUCACCUCAUCCCAGCCAUGAUGGAAGUUCCUUUAAGUCUCCAGACAGAGUGUGUUUGAGCCGAGGAAAGUUAUUAGCUGAAAAAGCUGUCAAGGAUCAUGAUUUUAUUCCUGCUAAUAGUAUAUUAUCAAACGCCUUAUCCUGGGGAGUAAGGAUUCUUCAUAUUGAUGACAUCAGAUACUACAUUGAACAGAAGAAGAAAGAGUUAUGUGCACUCAAGAAAUCAAGUACUUCUGUGAGGGAUGCGGGGAAAAAAGCUGGUACUGGAGUGCAAAAGGCAAGAACAGGGAGACUCAAAAAGCCUUUUUUAAAGGUUGAAGAUGUGAACCGGUCUUACAGACCAUUUUACCUUCAGCUGACCAACAUGCCUUUUAUAAACUAUUUUACUCAGAAGCCUUGCAGUCCAUUUGAUGUAGAUAAGCCAUCCAGCACCCAAAAGCAAGCUCAGCCUAAGCUCAGAAUUAAUACGGAUGGCGAUAAAUACGGUGGAACCCCGGUUCAACUCCAAUUGAAGGAAAAGAGAAAAAAAGGAUAUUGCGAAUGUUGCUUACAGAAAUAUGAAGAUCUUGAAACUCACCUUCUGAGUGAAAAACACAGAAACUUUGCACAGAGCAACCACUAUCAAGUUGUUGAUGAUAUUAUAUCUAAAUUGGUUUUUGAUUUUGUGGAAUAUGAAAGAGAUACACCUAAAAAGAAAAGAAUAAGGUACAGUGUCAGAUCCCUUUCUCCUGUUCCUGCAAAUAUCCUGAAAAACACUGAAGCAAAGGAGAAGCUACCGUUGCAGCCCAUUUUCCAAAAGGAUGUGGGAGAAAGCAAUGGGCAACAGUUCCAGCAGAGUUUUCAGUGUGAAGAAUCCCAGAAACCUGGACAAAAGCUUGUGUUUGCUUCAGAACCCACGUCCUACUCUUCAACUGGAUUGAAAGGACGUGAUGAGAAAACAUUGAGCAUGUUAAAUGCAAGUGAACCUGACAUGAAAGAGAAUUUUACACAGCUACCUCCAUGUAAAAAUAAACAGGAAGGAAUUGUUGAUGUUUCUGAACAUAAACCAACUCUAAAUAGAAAUGAUGUAGGACAGAGGGUGGGUACCACUCCAGGUGUGCCUCAGUCGUGUGUGCAAGUCUCGUAUCUCAGUCCAGAAGAUAGUCCACCCCAGCCAAAGUUAACAGCAGAUGUUACACAUGUUUCAGCAGAAGAUCUACAGGAAAAGGACCUUCAUGUUGUAUUUGGUCAUGACUGUGACCGGGUGACAUUGAAUGCAUCAAAAGAGCACCUAAUGAUGAAGGCUAGAACUCCAUCUCGUAGUUCCCAGGAACCUAACGACAUUGAGAAUAUGGAUAAUUUGCCUUGUGGUAAGAUCCAGCGGAAAGUGAGAAUACCAUUAGGGAAAAAGAAAACACCUGACGAACCAAGUGCUGAACAGGACAGAAACAGAACUGAGUGUCUUCCUGCACAUGAAGACAGAACUUGUGGGUCACCAGUGCCAUCUCUGCUGGACCUUUUUCAGACAAGUGGGGAGAAAUCAGAAUUUUUGGGUUUUACAAGCUUCACUGAAAACAGUGGAAUAUGUGAUGUUUUAGAUAUUUGGGAGGAAGAAGAUUCAAGUAGUCUGCUAUCAACAUUUUUCUCUUCCCCUUCAACUUCUACAUUUGUUGGAUUUUAGUAUUUAAUGUGCUUUUCAGAUGUGACAGAUUCCUGAAAUUUUAUAAAUGCAUAUACAAUUCUUAGGAGUUGUGGGGUUUUUUGUUUUGUUUUGUUUUGUUUUGUUUUUGACAACUUUGUUU